CAUUGGGAGUUCCACACACUUAUGCAAUCCCAGAUGCGAGCAGCAGAAAUGAGCAUGAUUGAAAAUCUCACACUGCCACCUAACACAACUUCGGUCCCCGAUGCUACUAGUGGAAUCACAGCAGAUUGUAUCAUAAUUCUGGGGCUGGCAGCCGGCAUCCCAACCUUGGUGGCUGUGGUCCUGCUUGUAGCUUUAAUUGUGGUCUGUGCUCGGAAAAGAAGAAAAGAUGGGCAUACUCAGGAAAAUCAAAGACCAAAUGAUUUUCCAGACAUCUAUGACAGUUCUGAGGUAUCAUUGGAGAAUCUCAGCAGCCCCGACAUGGAUGUGAAGGAAACAAUAGAGAUGGAAGAGACUCAUGUGUAUGUGAAGACCAUCAUGGGCACAGAAGAGCUAUCGUAUGAUGCUUACUUUCCUAGAACUGAAAUAGAAAAAAAGCAGACUUUGCCAAGGUGGCUUUUACCCAAACGGGACCGGAAAUGAGACAUCCUCAG